AUGACGGAUGCCGGGGCGAAGGGGCGUCCUCCAGGAGAUCCGCCUGAUAAGGUUGUUUCGUGGGUGAGCAAGGUGACUGGUGGUGAAGUAGGUGGGAGGUCUGCACCAGAGAAGGUGUUAAACUCUGCCUUUGUGUCCGAGAGGUUACAGGUGGAAUUCCCGGAUGGAGAGGAUGGAGAGCCGGUUAUUACAAUUGGGUCUGAAGUGAUGGAUGUGAUGAAGGGGCUGUGGAAGCAAUGUAUUAUCGUGAAGGUUUUGGGAAGGAACGUAGCUAUCUCGGCGUUGAGUCGAAAACUGAGAGAGCUAUGGAAGCCUAAUGGGGGGAUGUAUGUGUUGGAUUUGCCUCGGCAGUGUUUUAUGAUUCGCUUUGAUCGGGAAGACGAGUAUCAUGCAGCAUUGACGGGGGGGCCAUGGAAAGUAUUUGGAAGCUAUCUACUGGUUCAGGACUGGUCACCGGAUUUUAACCCACUUCGCGAUGACAUAGUUACAACACCAGUUUGGGUCCGCCUGUCGAACAUUCCAGUGAUUUUCUAUCAGGAGGAUAUUUUGCUUGGUAUUGCUAGUGGAUUGGGGAAGCCAGUAAAAGUGGAUUUGACUACUUUACACAUUGAAAGGGCAAGGUUUGCGAGAGUAUGUGUGGAAGUGAAUCUAUCCAAGCCACUUAAGGGCUCAGUGAUGAUCAAUGGGGAAAGAUACUAUGUUGCCUAUGAGGGUAUGUCGAACAUAUGCUCGGGCUGCGGUGUGUUUGGUCACCUGGUGCAUAAUUGCCCCCGACGGCCGGUGGAACCAGUGGUGGAGCAGCCGAUAGUAGCAACUCCUCAGGUGAUAAAUCAACAAGGCGAUGGUUUUACGGCUGUGCGACGUCCUGGUCGGAACACUUCAGUCCCGGCGGAUAAGGUGGUGUUUGCAGCCGGUGGGAGAUCGGAGAGGAAUCUUCGCAUUAAUUCGGGAAAUGGGAAUAAGGAAACAAUGACAAUUUCCAAUAAGUUUGGGAGCUUGGUGGAAGAUACGAUUGCCUCGGGAUUAAGGGAAGUUGUGAUUUCGAAUGAGGAGAAUAAGGAAAAUGAGGGUAUUACGCAAGGAGGAAAUCAAGGGAAGAGUGUUACUCAAGAUAGGGCGGCUGGUGGAGGUUUUGAAAAAAAGAAGAAGGGACAGAGGGUAGCGUUAAAAAAGACUAAAGUUGGGAGCAAUAAACCCAAUGAGUUUAAUGGGCCUAGGCCUAAAGUCAUUAAGAAUCGGCCAACUAGGGGCCUAGUUUUUGGGUCACAACGCAAAGAUAGCGAUUUGGAUGUGUCCGGGAAAAGGCUCAGGGUUGAGGAAGGCUUCGUGGGCCGACCCGGUGGCGUGUUUACACCAGAGAGUGGUGAUCGGCUGAGGACUAGCUCGUUGACUGACAUGACCCCGUCUUCUACAGAGGCUUCAAGGGAGGAGUCGACUGAGAAUCCACAUACCAGAGCAACGGGCACACCUAGUGCUCAGUCGGCUGUGGGAGAGAAAUUUAAUGUUGAUAUCGUUGCGCUGUUUGAAACUCACGCUGGAGGAGAUAGAGCACAGCGCAUUUGCCAGAACCUUGGUUUUGAGAACUCUUUUAGAGUCGAUGAUGAGGGUCAGAGUGGGGGUAUUUGGUUGUUGUGGCGGUCUGCAGUGGGUGUAGUCUCGAUUGUACAGUCAUCGGACCAGUUUAUCCAUGCGACGAUUGAGAAUAGUGCGGAGAAAGUGCACUUAAUUGCGGUGUACGCUGCUCCUUCGGCUAGUCGCCGGAGUGGGCUUUGGGGGAGUUUGAAAUCAGUGAUCACAGCGAUUGAUGAUCCCUUGAUAGUUGGUGAUAUGGGUUUUAAGGGAAGUCGGUUUACUUGGAGGAGGGGAAAGUUGGAGAGCACUUUCGUUGCUAAAAGGUUGGAUCGAAUUCUUUGUUGUCCUCAUGCGCGUUUGAAAUGGCAAGAAGCAACAGGGACUCACCUACCAGUGUUAGCUUCAGACCACGCACCUCUUUAUUUGAAGUUGUGUCCGGUCAACAGUGGGAACCCAAAACGUAGACCAUUCCGGUUUGAGGCUGCUUGGCUUAAUCAUGAAAGCUUUCAAGAGAUUCUCACCCACUCUUGGAAAAAUGAGCUCUCUACUCCUGCUGCCUUGGAUGGUUUAAGAUUAAAACUUAAAACGUGGAACCGUGAAGUGUUUGGUGAUAUUCAUAAAAGAAAAACGAAGCUUCUGACGGAGAUUAAGUUGGUUCAAGACUCGUUAGAUGCUGCUCAGACGGAUGAUCUGUUGACGAAAGAGGAGAUUUUGAUCAAAGAGUUAGACACGGUGCUUGAGCAAGAGGAACUACUUUGGUAUCAGAAGUCUCGGGAAAAAUGGAUAGUUGACGGGGAUAGAAACACGAAGUAUUUCCACACUUCGACAAUUAUACGUCGGCGUAGAAACAGGAUCGAGAGCUUGAAAAAUAAUGAGGGUUUGUGGGUUUCUUCUCCUCAGGAUUUGGAGACUCUUGCGACUGAGUAUUAUAAGAGACUCUACUCUACGACGGAUAUUGACGAGGUAGUUACGGGUUUACCUCACUUGGGCUUUGCUGCACUCACGGACUCCGAACGGAAUUAUUUGAACAGACCUUUCACCCCUCGGGAAGUUGAGGAAUCCAUCAGAAGUAUGGGAAAAUUCAAAGCACCAGGACCGGAUGGAUACCAACCCGUAUUCUACCAUGACUGCUGGGAUGUUGUCGGGCCAUCGGUAUCACGUUUCGUCUUAGAGUUUUUUGAGACAAAGAAGUUGCCGGAAGGGACAAAUGAUGUUUUGGUGGUCUUGAUUGCUAAGGUGGUGAAGCCGGAAACCAUAAUGCAAUUUCGACCGAUCAGUCUUUGUAAUGUGUUGUUCAAAAUCAUAACCAAGGCUAUGGUAAUGCGAUUGAAACAAGUCAUAACUAAGCUUAUUGGGCCGGCUCAAUCUAGCUUCAUUCCGGGAAGACUGAGUACGGACAAUAUAUUGGUUGUGCAAGAGGCAGUGCAUUCGAUAAGACGUAAAAAGGGACGUAAAGGGUGGAUGUUGCUGAAGCUUGACCUCGAAAAAGCUUACGAUCGUAUUCGUUGGGAUUUUCUUGAAGAUACCCUUCUGGCUGCGGGGCUCUCGGAAACUUGGAGGACUUGGAUCAUGGAAUGUGUAGCUGGUCCCUCGAUGACUCUCCUAUGGAAUGGUGAGAAGACUGAACCAUUCAAACCAGCCCGAGGUCUCAGACAAGGGGAUCCCCUUUCCCCCUAUCUCUUUGUCUUAUGCUUAGAACGGUUGUGUCAUCAAAUCGAGAUUUCUAUAGCGAGGAAGGAUUGGAAGCCUAUUUCUCUUUCUCAGGGCGGUCCAAAGCUCUCCCACAUUUGCUUUGCGGAUGAUCUUAUUUUGUUUGCAGAAGCAUCCGUAGCUCAGAAAGUGAGUCUCGAGAAGUCGAAGAUAUUUUUUUCAGAUAACGUGCAUAGAGAUCUUGCGAAGGAAAUAAGUGAGGAAAGCGGGAUCAAAGCCACUAGAGAGCUGGGGAAAUAUUUGGGUAUGCCGGUGCUUCACAAACGGAUCAACAAGGAUACUUUUGGUGAGGUUAUUGAGCGUGCUGCGGCCCGAUUAUCUGGUUGGAGAGGGCGUUUUCUUAGUCUGGCUGGGAGGAUAACUUUGACUAAGUCGGUCUUGUCGUCAAUUCCGAUUCACAUAAUGACAACCAUUUUAAUGCCGCAGGCGACUUUGGAAAGAUUGGAUCAGAUCUCACGUUCUUUUUUGUGGGGUAGCACGGUUGAAAAGAGAAAGCAACAUCUUAUAUCAUGGGACAGUGUAUGCUUAACGAAAUCGGAGGGCGGGCUUGGUAUACGCUCUUCCAAACUCAUGAACAAAGCUUUGUUAGCUAAAGCCGGAUGGCGGUUAAUGCAUGAUCACUCUAGCCUAUGGUCGCGGGUUCUACGUAGCAAGUAUAAGGUGGGAAACCUUCGGGAUGAGACUUGGCUGGUGGUGAAGAGUUCAUGGUCCUCUACUUGGCGUAGUAUUGGGACUGGGUUACGUGAGGUAGUUCUCCCCGGUAAGAGCUGGAGUUUGGGUGAUGGUCGGGAUAUUCGGUUUUGGUCGGACUGCUGGCUAACUAGUACACCCAUUUGUGAAGUUGUGGUGACUACUCUACCACCGAACUAUGAUGCGAUUACAGUGAGGGACUUAUGGCAGAACGACUUGGGAUGGAAUUUGCAGCGUAUAUCUCCUUACAUUUCGGAAAAUUUGCGGCUUCAGUUGGGAGCAUUGGUGGUCGAUACGGUCACGGGUGCACAUGAUCGUCUAGCUUUGGGGGGUGGAUCGGAUGGCCGGUUCACGGUGCGGUCAGCCUAUACCUUCUUAUCGCGGGACGUUGCUCCUAAACCAAACAUGGGAAAGUUUUUUGAUAAGGUUUGGAAAGUGGUUGCUCCGGAGAGAGUUCGGGUUUUCUUAUGGCUUGUGAGUCAUCAAGCGAUUAUGACUAACAAAGAACGGUUUCGUCGGCACUUAUGUGAUUCGAGUACUUGUCAAGUUUGUAAGGGCGGGGAAGAGCCCAUCUUACAUACCCUCCGUGACUGCCCGGCCAUGUCCGGGGUUUGGAAAAGACUAGUACCGCCACGGAAGCAACGAUCGUUUUUUGAUCAGUCCUUAAUGGAGUGGGUUUAUGCUAAUCUAAGCACUACUACGGAGGUUAGCCACUGUCCUUGGGCGACGACUUUUGCUAUGGCAGUGUGGUGGGGGUGGAAAUGGAGAUGUGGUAAUGUUUUUGGCGUUACGGGUAAAUGUCGUGAUCGGGUGCGUUUUAUUAGAGACAUUUCUAAAGAGGUAGCGGAUGGCCACAAGAGACUUCGAGGGCGGUCUAGCAAGGUUGUGCGGGAGGAGAGACUGAUCGCAUGGAAACCACCACCUGAUGGCUGGUUCAAGGUGAAUACCGACGGUGCAUCGCGGGGGAACCCUGGGCUAGCAACGGCGGGAGAAGUCUUACGGAAUGCGGACGGGAACUGGUGUGGUGGCUUCUCUUUUAAUAUUGGGAUUUGUACGGCUCCGUUAGCAGAAUUGUGGGGAGUUUACUAUGGGCUCUACAUGGCUUGGGAGAAAGGUAUCACACGGCUAGAGUUGGAUGUGGAUUCGGAGUUGGUAGUCGGUCUUCUAACGACAGGGGUUGAGGAUUCUCAUCCGUUGUCUUUCCUAAUACGUUUGUGCUAUGGCUUUUUAUCAAAGGACUGGAUUGUCCGUAUUUCUCACGUGUAUAGGGAAGCUAACCGUCUUGCAGAUGGGUUAGCGAACUAUGCGUUUUCUUUACCUUUAGGUUUUUAUUCUUUUGUUGUUAUUCCGCCGGAUGUGGCGUCGAUUUUACACGAGGAUAUGGUUGGUCCCCCUCGGCCAAGAAACGUUAUUGUAUAA